AGUUAUGAAACGUUUGGAAGUGGUUGCGCUUCGCACGCGGAGGUAGUUCGUUCCCGGGCUGGAAGAAAGCAACGAGCGUCGACCGAAGAUGGUGCGCCGUUGGGUCGUCGAAACGGCGUUGAUGCUGCUGCUUCUCACCGCUGGUGACCUCCGGUGUGACGCGAAGAGCAAUCUCAUACUGCAGUCCUUCGAUGAGCUGGUGCUGGAGUGUGCCGAGCUAAUGUCGAUCACUCCGUCCAAGUUGACCGCACUACGAUCGGGCGCGCUGGUGAAGGACAUGGAAACCAAGUGUUUGCUAAGGUGUGUUGGGGUGAGUGGGCGAUUCUGGAGUGAUUACACCGGACUGCGCAAGGACAUUCUUGCUCGCUACUUUCUGGCCGAUGCAGCCGACACGCAGAACGUUAACCGGACGCAGCUGUGUCUGAACGAGCUGCCCUCGGUGCAGUUAGACGCACAGCAUUGCUGCAACUUGGCGCUGGAAUCGUUCCUGUGCUUCUACUACAAUUACGGAAAUUUAAGGCAGGAUCGUAUUUUCGUUCCGCUGGAUCAUCUGCAGCUUCAACACGUGACUGCCCGCUGCAUGGACGUGCAUCACAUUACGCACGACCAUCUGAUGAGCCUGAGCGCGGAAGAAAUGGAUGCCAACGGCAGCGUCCACUGUCUGGUACGGUGCAUCGGCAUCAAGACGGGGGUGUACAGUGAUCGUGACGGUGUCAACAUGGAUCUGAUUUACGCACAGUACGGUGAAGGUUAUUGCGAGGCAGAGUUUAAGACAAACGCGUACGAGUGCAUUCGGCGACAGAGCGAGCAGACGUACGGGAACUCUUGCAAAAGGGCGUACCAUCUGCUGUACAAAUGCUUCGAGAACGUGCGCAACGUGAUCACGGAGUAUGAGUUACGGGACUCGGAGGAGGAGGAAUAGAUGCAGCAGUGGCGACCGGGAGCGCACAAUUACCAGUACAAACGGCUAAGCGUAGAGGGGUAGAGCCUGUGGGCAGGAUCGUAAUGGUGGUGGAGUAUUUAUUUAUAAUAGUGUUUUUAGUUGUGUUUGGUUAGCAAAUGCGAGCGAUUAGGUUGAAGCUGCUCGUUAGCUGCUAAGAAAGGUGGAUCAACAAAGUGUUUCCACAGAACGUCGACAAAACGAAUUAAAUUAUAAAAAUACUUAUUUAUCUAUGCGGAUUUUAUAAACCCUUUACACUAUCUUAGUCUUUCAAGUCUUUUAUUCAAAAUAAUUAACAAUUUAAAUAACGUUUAAUCAAUGCUCUAUCAAAUUCACAGAUAUUCAUCAGCCUCCCGGUCACUACAGCUGAAAUACGUUUUAAGGCGCCUAAAAACGUUUUACAGUUGGCAUGGCUGGGAGGCUUCUGUCUGCAUUGUAACCUGUCAACAAAAUCUCAACAAAUGUCAACCUCACUUCUGAAGAGCUUCAACAUUACUGGAAAAAUAUGUUCAACACCCAUUUCAUUCUUCUUUGGCCUUUCAGUCUUUAAAAGUGUUCGGCCUGCCAUUUCUGGCUUUCUGUGACUUGUUUUUAUAAGUAGCUGAAGAGUAACAUCUCAGUGUACGGGGGAGCGGUCUGGAUGGGAUUUGAACUCCGGUCGUGUCGUGUCCAAGGCCACUAUCGCUACGGCGCUUGGUUGCCUAGACAGCAAUAAAACACUAACUCACUCGUAUUGAGCAAAGUGACAUUAUCAGGAGUUAGUCACUCGUCGGUUCAGCGAGUGAGAGACAUCAAAACUUCUUCUGCUGAGUUGAAACCAUAAACCAGGUUUCCAGGAUUAAACUCUCCCUCUCACUCAUACUCAUCUUCUUCUUUUUCCUUGGCACUUUAACGUCGAGAGGGUUGGGCCUGCCAUUUCUGGCUUUCUGUGACUUUAAUUUACCUGUAGUAAAAUAGUCUGUCCUACGUAAGGGGAGGCGGUCUGGAUGGGAUUUGAGCCCCGGUCCUGUCGUGUGAAGACCGACGCUGUAAUCGCCACUGCCACGCCGCGGACCGCCCCACACAACUGAGUUAAUUUAGAAAAAAUCCAGGCAGUUUAAGUUCGUUAGAAGUUCUUCCUAAAUGGGUUUAGUUUAAAGUAUCAAGUUAUAAAUUGACCUCUAAACUAGUUACAACAAACAACACUAUUUUGUUAAGCUUUCGAAAGCUUCGUUAACAAUAUAAUUCCCGUCCUCCUGUGUCAUUGAUUACAAAAUACUAGGUUCUGUUCGAAAUCUCGCAAAAACUACAUCCACAAUCUAUAUAUCCGCCCUGCAGUUCACUCAUGCUCAAGCUCAGCACUAAUCAACAGCAGCCAAACCCGGUACGUGCUCCGGAUGGAAGCUCGGCAAACGCCACCAGUUUCGCAUCGCAAUUGGUCAUUUAGCUUCCGUGACUUUGUUUAUCAGAUUUGCAGCAGUAUUUAUUUUUCGUGAGUUUAAAUCAAGUAUGCAAAUACGGCAUCGGACAUCGAUCGUUCCUGCCCUAUCGCGAGCGGGGGCCCAACUGUGCCCUGCGUUCGUAGUGCAAAUCGAAAAAGGUCGCUAUAAACCAUCGUGCCGCCGUGUACCACCCGAUCGAAUCAGUAAGAAGAUGGAAUGGAACAGAAACAAAAUGAAGAAAAAAAAAACUACCAACGAACCUCUCGGUGUCAGUCUAUUUGCUUGGAGCAUAAUUGAUUGAGAACGUUCGACCGGCGAGAGAAGCUGCCUUUCGUGUACUUACCUUAUUUGAAAUUGGUUUCGAUUGAUGUUCGCCCAUCCCCUGUGAGGUUCAGACGUCUCCCCGCCCCAUACUUCACCCUCGGGAUAGGGGGGCAGGGAGGGGCUGGCUGGGUAGGUGAGCCCUCCCCCCUCCCCGGUCGGUAUAUCUCUCUGGCGGGACCUGAAGCGACAUUUAAGCGAACCGACGGCAAUCGAUAGUGACAAUCGACUUCCAUUCUGACACUGCCGGAGCUGCAGCUCGGAAUCGGGCUUGAGAUCCCCUUCGGUUCUCGCCCACGGUUGCGCUCACACGCACACAGCUACAUGUACAAAUGCCCGUGAGGCAUGGGCGAAGAAGAUUGGCA